AUGUCGACUCCUCUGAUAUUGACGCUGGACUGCGGAACAUUUGACGGCUCCGUAGCUGCGUCCCGCUGGCUUGUACGAUUGAAGUGGGACUUCGAACGGGCAGGUCAUGACCCGACGAAUGUGCCGGCGUCCCAGUAUAUCAAGAUCUUGAACAUGCAGUGCGAGAAGGAUGCGGCAACCUACCUCGACAGCGUCCCGCAUCUGUCCGCAAUCGUUGAGAAGGCUGACGAGGGGAGGGCUACUAUCGCUAAUGUGACAACUCUAGAUGCUGCUUUGAAAGAGCGUUUCCCGGCGAGAAUAAUGGGACACGUCUCGUCCGCCGGAGACAUUAAUUCCCUGCAUUAG